AUGCGGUACGGUGCGAUGCGGUAUGGCGCGGUGCGGUACGGUGCGAUGCGAUGCGGUAGGACGAGUUUGGCCGCGCGCGCAAGCUUCCCAGCCAUCUGUCGCACGGAAAUCCGCUUCUUCCUUCCCCUCUCCUUCUCCUUUCUCCUUCUCCUCUCCUUUUCCUUUCUCCUUCUCCUCUCCUUCUCCUUUCUCCUUCUCCUCUCCUCCUCCCCCGCGCUCUUCUCGCGGUUCUUGCCUCCGUCUCCGCGUUCGCAUAGGCCGAACCGCAGCCAAGUCUCCCGUCCCGAACGGCUGGUUACCAAACCGGGGACGGGGCGUACGGGCGUAUCGAAAACAGCACCACCAGGCACGAACCAGCGGGCGCUCGCGCUCGGCGUGAGGUUGGAUCCGGAUCGCCGCGACGACACCGACGACGGUACCGAGCGCGCGAGUUCGGGCAGAGCCAUGACGGGCCACGGCUAUCCCGAGGACAAGAAGCUGCCGCUGCCGCAGCCGCCGGCGCAUCGGCAGCAGCAGCCGCUGCCUCGGAAUGGCAUCUUCACCGCGCGGACGUUCAUCGCCGAGCUCGAGGCCGCGCCGCCGAGCGGAGCGAUCGCAUCGCCCGGCGGCGGGGUCGCCUUCGAGAUGAGCGGCGAGCCGGCGCCGCAGCAGUCGGACGCCGGCGAGGAGGCCACGAGGAGGCCGACGCAGGCGGCGGAUGGCGAGAUCCCGACGCAGGAGCGGGAGGCGGGAACGAGCUCGGUGCCGUGGCCGUAUCACGGACCGCCCAUGGUCGAAAGCGACAGGCCGAGGGCGACGGUGUAUGCCAAGGGCGGUCACGGCAAGGCCCCGGCGGAUGCGACGGACGGAUCGGACGCGCAGCAGGCGGGUCGACCGCACUCGGCCUCGAUUUCCCAGGGGAGCGACGGAAACUCGACCGGGCCCGCCGCCGAGCAGGUCCCAGGCACGGAAGCGACAGCGGCGGCCAUGUCGGGAGAGGGCUGCAACGCCCCCGAAGUCUUGGAGGCGCCGGGGUCGACGGAGGACUCGAGCCCCCCGUCGUACACGCCGACGUGGAACGGGCCUCCGCAGCAGCCGGCGGCGACGGCAUCUGCCCAAGUCACUCCGGCGAUCGGCGUGGUGAGCGCAAGCCACGGCGAAUUUCCCUUCCCCCACACUCCCUUGGCCUCUCCGGGACGGCAGCAUCAGGCGACGUACCGGCCCGAUUUGCAUCGGCAGAGCUCCCACCUAACCCCGCUGUCGCCGACGUCGGUCGUGGGCAUGACGCCCAUCUCGCCGAUGCAGACGUUUCCGGCCCAGCCGGUGGAUGUUAUCUCGCCCGUCAGCUCGACGUACGGCAUGACUCCGCUGAUGGCGUACAACUCACCGCCAACCCCCGGCAUGCCGUCGCCGUACCAGAGCUCGGCCGAGUACGCUCUUCAUGCUCAACAGGCGCGGCCUGCGCUCCACGGUUCCAUGUCGGACACGGGAACAUCACCGCCGUUCAGCCCGGCCUCGCCUCCGCCAUCGUACGCCUCGCACUUUGGCCAGUUGUCGCCGCCGCAGUCGCCUCCGCAGCCGGCGUAUCAGUCACCGGCCGUCGGCACCUACCCGUCCCCGUAUCCGAUGCAGCCGUCAUUCGCCGCGCCGUUCUCGGCACACGGGAUGCCGCCUCAGCACGGGCCUGUGGCCGGACAGCACUUCCAUCCCGGUCCCGUGCCCGCCGGUUACUACGGGGCCCCUGCCCCUCCGGUGGCGUAUGCGGUUCCUCCUAAGCCGUUCUAUACCAACGCCGGCCCGGUUCCUGUUCAUGCUCAUGGUCCUGCUCAUGGUCCUGCUCAUGGUCCUGCUCAUGGUCCUGCUCAUGGUCCUGCUCAUGGUCCUGCUCAUGGUCCUGCUCCGGCUCAUGCUGCGGCUCACGCUCCGGCUCACGCUCCGGUUCACGCUCCGGUUCACGCUCCGGCUCCGGCUUCGGCUCCGACUCCGGCAUCUGCUUCGGCUCCGGUUCCUGCUCCGACUUCUGGCUCUCCUUCUGCUUCUGCCACUGCCUCUGCCUCUGCUGCCGGUUCCGCUCCCGUGCGUUCCUCUUCCGGUUCCUUGUUCAGAGCAUCCUCGGCCAGGAAGUGGCUCGACAAGACGAGCCUAGCGCUGGAGAACAGGCUGGAGGCCGUGCUGCUCGGAACGACGGGGCCCGCGUACCGGCCGGGACAAGGUCCGCCGCCGCCAGGGCCGCAGUACGGAGCCGGAGCGGGGUACGGCGGAUACCCAGGCGGCGGGCAAGCAGUCGCCGGGCAAGCGAGCGUCGGGCAAGCGAAUGUUGUGCAACCGACCGGCGGGCAACCGGCCGGGACGUGGGGUCCCAUGUCGCAGCAGAGGCACGGCUGA